AUGAAUAGGUCGAGAGCCGAAGGUGUAACCUUCACUAAAGAACCCUACAUCGAGGAUGCAGGGCCACGCCGAGUAAAGAACAUGCAGUUUUCCACGUUAUCAGAGUCAGAAGUCGGCAAAAUUGGUGAAGUUCAAGUGUGGAGAUGUAAUUAUUAUGAUUCAUUUAAAAAGCCCGUUCAUGGUGGCUUAUUGGAUCCUCGCAUGGGCCCUGCUAAUAAAAGUCUUGAAUGUGCAACAUGCCAUGGGAGCUUUCUUGACUGUCCAGGGCACUAUGGAUACUUAAACCUUGCCCUUCCUGUUUUCAAUGUUGGAUAUUUAAGUACCAUUGUGGAAAUACUGAAGUGUAUAUGUAAGGGCUGUGCUCGUAUUCUCCUUAAUGAAGAUACCUGUUCAGUAAAGAAGGUUGCAUCUACGCUAAGCAUCAUUCAUGAUUGCUCAAAAUGUAACAAUGAUAGUGUUGAAGAGCUCCAAUCAGCACUUUCUCAUAUAAGAGAGGCUAGAGCAACCAACAACUUGACUGCUCGAAUUCUCGAUCCUUUCCAAGUUCUUUCCCUGUUUAAAAGGAUGCUUGACAAGGACUGUGAAUUACUUUAUGUUGCUGAAAGACCAGAGAAACUCAUCAUAACAAACAUUGUUGUGCCACCUGUUGCUAUUCGACCUUCAGUUAUAAUGGAUGGAUCACUGAGGUUGAGUUUGGAAGGGGAAGGUAGCAAUAGGUGCACCAGGAACAGAGGCGUGGGGUCCAUUGACAUUCAGGAGGUGCAAAGAGAGGAGAGGAUGCAUUUGCUAGAGGUGCCAUAUUUUAAGGGCAAUGACCUACAUGGUUGGUUGUACCGUAUUGGACAGUACUUUGAGAUCAGUCAGAUCUCAGAGGUGGAGAAGGUGUCUGUGGCAGUGGUUUGUUUGGACAAGGGGAAACUGAUAGGGGAGGGUAUUGGCGGGCCUUUGAAACAUGCACAUAAAAGAAGAAAAGAAGAGUGA